AUGAUUCGUGGUUCAUCUGUAUUGAGAAGCAUUACUGCACGUCGUUUCGUAUCAAGUGGUACCAAAUACACCACUUUAUCCAAUGGAGUCACCGUUUCCACUGAAACUAUUCCAAAUGCACAACACUCAGCAGUUGGUUUGUACUUCUCCGCUGGUUCUAGAUCUGAACAUCCUUACAAUAAUGGUGUUUCUGCAUUGACAGCCACUGUUCUUUCCCAACAACACAAUACUUCAGCCGAUGGAGUUGUUGUAAGCGCACAAAAUGGAAGAGAGUUUAACGGUAUUGUUGCCGAGACCACCAAUGACAAUAUCGAAGCCGCAGGUAAGUUACUUUCAACUAUUGCCACCAAUGCCGAGGAGAUUGUUUCCAAAUCUGAUUUCCAAUUUGGUAAAAACGUUUUGAUCAACCAAGCCAAUGCCCUCGAAGCAAACCCAAGGUCGAGAGUUAUCAGCCAUUUGUCUGCCACUGCAUACCAAGGCUAUUCAUUGGGUUUACCAAAAUUGGGUACUGAAGAAUCAAUUUCAGGAUUGGAGACCCAAGACUCAUUGCGUCACUUGGCAAAGUACUUGGUAAAUGACAAUGUUACCAUUUCUGCCGCAGGUAACCUUGACCAUGACAAAUUGGUUGAAGUCAUUGAAUCCAAUUUGAAAGUUGCACAAGGUGUUAAGCCAGAAAAGAAACCAGCUUCAUUCUUGGGUUCAGAAGUCAGAAUGAGAGAUGAUACCAUGCCAAAGGCUUAUAUUUCAAUUGCUGUUCAUGGUGAAGGAUUGGACUCACCAGAUUUAUACACUGCGAAAGUUGCUGCCAAGAUCUUUGGUAACUUUAACAUUCACUCACCAAAAGCUCACUACAAGUCAUCCAAGUUGUCAUCAAUUGUUCAAGAAUACAACAUUGUCGAAAAAUACGAACACUUUUCAAAAUCCUUGUCCGACCACGGUUUGUGGGGUUUUUAUGCUGAAAUUCCAGAUAGAUUCACUAUUGACGAUUUCGUUCACUUCACAUUGAAACAAUGGAACAGAUUGUCCAUCUCAAUCAGUGAAGCUGAAGUUGCUAGAGCCAAGGCACAAGUCAAGACCCACCUCUUGAGGGAAUUGACACACACAAAGCGUGUUGCUACUCACAAUGCCAGAGAUGUUUUGGCUAUUGGUCACCAAAGAUCUGUUACUGAAGCAUUUGAGAAGAUUGAUGCUAUUACCGUUGCUGACGUUAAGAGAUGGGGUCAAAACAAGGUUUGGGAUAGAGAUAUCGUUAUCUCCGGUACCGGUUUGAUUGAAGAUUUGUUGGAUUACAACAGAAACAGAAACGAAAUGGCCAUGAUGAGAUGGUAA